UAAUUAGCACGCGCUAGCUGCGCUUCGAAUUUUCUCUCGUUACGAAAGCACUCGAUUACUCAAGCUCUCCGCCACCGAAUCUUUCCAGGACAAGCGAAUCGUGAGAAACAAGCGGCGAUAAGACGCGCUGAUAAGACGACGCGUCGCGGCUAUAUAACGAACGGAGCAACAAGUUUCGUGUCAUAAACCGAUCGCCAGGGGAAACCGUGAUUCCUAUAUAUAUACAUACAGUUCGCGAGAAAGUACGACGGAAAAGAAAGCUCGCGAUGUCUGCUAAGAGGCUGUUCGUGUGCUUGGCGAUAGCACUGGUCGCCGUGAUCGCCACCGAGGUCGCUUCGGCCCCGGGCAUCGAGAGCUACGCGAACAAGGACGGGAACAAAUCGCACCACUUUUACGUCGGCUACAGGGUGGCCGGCGACAAGCUGAUCUACCGCGAGAAUAUCAUCGUGGACAGCAGCUGGCUGCAGGUGAAGAGCAAAACGAAGACGUUCAACACCACCUCGCUGUGGGAGAAGAUCACCUACGUGCAGGCUCUUGAUCAGAAAACCAACGGCAACGGCGCGUACGUCUCCCUGAUCAGCGGCGGACCCGGACAGAACAGCGUCACCCUCAAGUUCAAGAGCCAGAGGGGUCACGGGAUCAACUUCGUCGUCGAGCUUUACGGCCGUUGAAACGACCGAGGCAUCCGACGACGAUGAUGCCCGGCAGAGCAAACGUUCAACUCUGUACAUCUAACUUGUAAAAAAAUUGUUUAACGAAAACGAUGUUUAUUUCGAUGUAUUUGUUGCUGUUUAUCCGCAUUCGAUACGCUCGAAUCCGAGGACACACUCUCUAACGCCGAUUAUGUGAAGACAAUAAAAGCUUGAGAUCGUUGCAGAACGUU